UCGUAUAUAAGCACGAUGGAUCCUCACCUACCGUCAGUACAACAAGAAAUCAAAAUGAACAAGUUCUUCGUAGCUACCUUGCUUGCAAUAGUUUUUGCUAUUGCUCUUUUUGAAGUCAAUUCGCUACCACUCGACGAUGAAGUGGCUCCAGUAGGAGAUGAACCUCAUGGGCGAAUCACCUGCGACGUCAUCGGUAGUGAAACUCUUUGCGCCAUCCGUUGCAUUGCCAUGGGACACAAAGGAGGCUACUGCGAAAAAGGAGUCUGUCAUUGUCGAGAUUAAUUAGCUAAAAAUAUUCCUAUUUGCGUAAAGUCUGACAAAAUGUAAUUUUCCUUAUGUUGGUUUAGUGUUUAAAACAGAUUAUACGUUUAAAACAGAUUAUACUUAUAGUCACCACAUUGUUUCCUAAAAUAUAUUUAAGUAUAUUAAUGGCAUUUUGUUAGUUAAUCAUUAUUCACAUUGAUAUAAAUAAAUGCUGGUUUUAAUUUUA